AACAUUACGUCGAUACUUAUUAGUCAAAAACAUUUAAUUUCUUUGGUUUCUGUUUAAUUUGUAAUUUGUUCAUUUCUUUUUCAGUUGUUCUGCAACUCCAUCUUAUGUAUUGAUAUCAAAUUUACAAGGCGUGCCUUUGCUUAAUUAGAUUUGAAAAGGAGAAAUCAGUGAAAAAGCACAAAAUAUUGAAUUAUUUCUCCUAAUUCAAUUGUGUUUGCAAUCUUUCCCUCUGUGUCCAAUUAUAAUGGCUGAAAUCGCCCUCACCAUAAUCAGCCCUGUCAUUGAGGAGGCAGUUUCGAAAACAAUUUCAUUUCUUAAAAAACGAAUUGGAAUUGCAGUGGGUUUGGGAGAGGAGCUUGAUAGGCUUGGCGAUUCUCUUAUUCUCAUUCAAUCUGUCAUCCAACAUGCAGAGGAAAGGCAAGAAAGUGACCCAGCUAUAAGGCAUUGGCUACAGAAGCUGAAAGACAUAGCUUAUGAGGCAGUGGAUGCAUUGGGUCAGUGUGAGUACAAGGUUCUUAAGAACAAAGUUAAGAGUCGUAGGCACUGGAAUCCUGAGUCUGUUUACUUUUCUCCCUUGUUUCGUAAUCGUAUGGCUGACAAAAUCAACAACAUUACUAAGCGGUUGAAUGACUUGAAAGACUGGGCUAGCAUGAUCAACUUGGUGGUCUCAUUGAGAGGCCAAACUUGUCCGAGGCAAUAUCAAAAGACAGAUUCUUUUCUUGAUGAUUCCACAGUCUUCGAAAGGGAAGCUGAUGUCUCAAGAAUUCUUAGCUUGUUGCGUGACUUGAGGAGGAGUCAACAUCCCAUCUCUGGCAUUUCUAUUGUAGGCAUGGCUGGGAUUGGAAAGACAACAAUAGCAAAAUCAGUAUACAGGAAAGCAAACGAAGAAAAGCUCUAUGAUCUAGCGGCCUGGGUGUGUGUAUCCGAGGACUUCAAUGAUCAAAUCAUUUUGCAAGAGAUGUCAGAGCAUUUUGGUUGUAGUGCUGCUCCAAGAAUUAGUGUUAAUGCAUUGCUUGAAGAUCUUGCAAAAAAAUUAGAGAAUAAAACUUUUCUUCUCAUUCUUGAUGAUGUAUGGAAUGAAGAUCCUGACAAGGGGGAACAUUUCAGCUCUUGUUUGUUAAAAAUUCUGAAGACUACUGGGAGCUCUAUUGUCAUAACAACUCGUAGUGGAAAGGUAGCAUCCGCAAUGGAGUCAGUUCCUAUGCAACGCCAUGACAUGGAGGGGUUACCAGAUGACGUAUGCUGGUUGAUAAUAAAAGAGAAAUUUCUUAGAUCAUCCACAGAAACUUCAGUGACUCCUGAUUUGGAAGCUAUUGGACAGGAUAUUGCAAAAAAAUGUGGAGGUUUGCCAUUAGUUGCUAGUGUCAUUGGAGGAACAUUGAGCCGUCAAACUAGUGCAGAUGAAUGGAAGAAUAUCAGAGAUGAUAAAGCAUGGAAUUUGAAAUCACGAGAUGGAGAUGAGAUUUUAUCUAUUCUGAAAAUAAGUUUCAAUCAUUUGACUUCUCCUUUGAAAAAAUGCUUUUCUUACUGUUCAAUUUUUCCAAAGGAUUUUGUCAUUGAAAAAGAUGAUUUAAUUCAACUCUGGAUGGCUCAGGGGUUUCUUUACCAACUUAAUGAAAGUUCUAUGACAAUGGAGGACGUUGGUAAUGAUUACUUCGGUGAUUUGUUAUCUAACUCUUUAUUUCAAGAUGUGUACAUGGAUGGAUAUGGGAAUAUCAGAUUUUGCAAAAUGCAUGAUACAGUGCAUGAUUUAGCGUUGUCUGUUUCAAAAGGUGAUACUUUUGCCUGGGAGGCUGGUUGCAUAAUUGACCAGGAUGCUAAAAUUCGACAUUUAAGAGUUAAGCAUGACAAGAAGGAGCGUCCAAUCAUUCCUAGAGCUGUUGCCCAAAGAUUACAUUCUUUGUUCUUGGAAGAGGUUGAUGUUUUCAUUUCCAAUGCAUCUGAUCUCAAAAGCUUGCGAGCUUUAAAAAUGGUGGGAGCAAGGGGAGAACAGUUGCCCAUUAUUCUUGGCAAAUUGAAGCAUUUGAAAUACCUUGACAUCUCAACAAGCAAUAUAAAAACACUACCAAAAUCCUUUUUCAAACUCUACAAAUUGCAGACUCUUAGACUUAUGGGGUGCUAUUAUCUGCAAAAGUCUGAUGAGAUGAGAAAUUUGAUCAGCUUAAGACAUUUUUAUUUUCACAACAAAGAGCUGAUGCCAAGAGAGAUUGGGCAUUUAACUUCCCUUCAAACCUUGCCAUUAUUUGUUGUGAGUAGGGCAAACUUGGACCAACUUGGAUGCCUAAGUCAACUUGGAGGGGCAUUGAAAAUAUGCAACCUUGACUUUGCCAGAUCUAUGUCAGAAGCCGUCAAAGCAAACUUGGACAAGAAGACAAAAUUGUAUGAGUUGGAACUUGUAUGGGAUAGAUACGAAGAAGGCCAUAGCAAUUAUGAGGUUUUGGAAGGUCUAAAGCCUCCCUCAAAUUUGAAACACUUGAAAAUUGAAGGUUAUAAGGGAGAAAAGUUUCCGUCGCGGCUGGAGAUGGGUGUUAAUUUUUCUGGCGAUUCCUCUCCACUGAACAAUCUGUUGACUUUGAAGUUAUAUGACUGCAAUGAAUGUGUAGAGAUUCUGAGUUUGGGAUUUAUACCUAAGCUCAAGCAUCUUGAAAUAAACCGAAUGCCAAAGGUGAAACGUAUGGGCAGCAAGUUUUGUCAUGACAGAAGCAACGUGACAAGUAGCAGUUGUGGUGACAAAAAAUCAAUUAUAUUGUUCCCAGCUUUGAAAAAACUCAUUAUAUGGGACAUGAAAAUCCUAGAGGAAUGGGCAGAAAUAGAAGGCACCACCAUCUUUCCUUGCCUUGAGGAUUUGUAUGUUGACAAUUUUCCAAAGUUAAAGACCUGGUCAAUGAGUGGGUUUUCAUCUCAUCAUAAGCUCUCAAAAGCGGAGAUACGUGGUUGUCCGAAUCUGGUGACUCUUCCAAGUAUGGAACGGCUCUUUUCUCUUGGAAGUUUAAGAUUAGAAGGAUUAGGAUCUAUCCCAAGUGGGCUGGGCUCCUGCAGCUCUCUAAAGGAUUUGGGCCUUCAAUGGUGCUGUAUGUCCUCUCCGUCUCUGAGCAUGAAGGAGUUGAUCUCUCUGGAAACAUUAGAAAUUUGUCAGUGUAAAGAACUGGUUCGUGUGUCAGGGCUGGAAUCCUGCAUCUCUCUCCAAAAGUUGACUAUUGUCAGUUGUGACAAUCUAAUUUCUAUUUCAGAAGAUGUUGGAAGAUCAAGUUCGCUUACCUCUUUGAAGAUUACUAAUUGCAAAAAUCUAAGGAGCAUUCCAGAGGAGUGGCUGGGUAGGAAUAGCCAGUUGGAGAAGUUAGAAAUCGGUCCUUUCUGGUCAGAGUUGGAGGAAUAUCCAGGACUCACUUCCAUCUAUCAACUCCAGGCCUCCCUUGAAUCUUUGACACUUUAUGGAUGGGAUAAACUGAAGUCUCUGCCACAUCAGCUGCAACAUCUCACUGCCCUCAAGUCAUUGACGUUAUGGAGCUUCAAUGGCCCGGAAGCUUUGCCAGAGUGGUUGGGAGACCUCUCUUCUCUUCAUUCACUGGAUAUUGAGAAUUGCUCUAAUUUGACUCAUCUGCCUUCUAUCGAAGCCAUACGACGCCUCUCCAACUUACAAUCUCUUCAAAUUUACGGUUCUCCCAAAUUUGGAGAAAGAUGCACCAAAGAGAGUGGCCUCGAAUGGGCCAAGAUUUCCCACAUCCCCAAAAUCAUAAUAUGGUGUUUUCCUGCAGUGGACAUCCGAAUAGGAUGGUGAGUCUCUGCCGCAUCAGCUCCAACAUCUCACUGUCCUCAAGUAAUUGCGGUUAUGUUACUUCAACAGCCUGGAAGCUUUGCCAGUGUGGUUGGAAACCUCACUUCUCUUGAGAGCUUGGGCAUUUAUAACUGUGCCAAAUUGAAGAUUCCACAAGUAGAGCAGGCCCGAGAAUCUACUAAUGGAUGUGGAUCACAUGCAAUCCAAAUAACACUUGGGGGAAACUAGGACAUUCAAUACAUAUCAAGGUUUACUUUUCUUUAACAGCAGAUGCUCUUCAAGGGAUUUCCUGAUGAAUGUAAUGCUCUAAAGUGUCUAAGAAAUGGUGCAUUGGAAAUGAGUGCCUCAGCUAGGUGGGAUACUGAGUGGGAAGAACAUGCUAAGCCAUUGAUAUCUGAGGUUAUCUCUCAGAAUUUAAAAUAAACUCGGGUUUCAUUCGACCUGCAUUGGUGUGAUUGAGGGGUUGUGUUAUACGCGGCUUCCUUACCUUGCUGACUCGAUGCGACAUAUGCCAUUAACAUUCGAAAAAGGCUUAAUCUGUGUACCGUCUCUGGUGGCAAACUUGGCAGGGGAUCUUGAUUUGUGAAAACGUGCAGUCUAGGUCGGAGAUUUAUGGUUAUAUAAUUUAUGAUUUUAUGUAGAGCAAAAAUCACUAGUUUCACUCCACUCUGAUUGAAAAUUUUGUUGUAUGAUUGAGAGGCCAUUCAUAAGCUUGAUCUGGUCCCUUAUCUACCAGUUUUCCGGCUCUGCUAAACAUUUUUCACCCAAUAAAGGUCCUAUGUAUUU